CUGCACCCCUCUUGUUCCCUAACUAAAUCGUGGACCAGGUACGGCUACAGAGGUCGUGACUGCCGCUCCAACCUCUACCUGUUGCCCACCGGAGAGAUUGUGUACUUCAACGCCUCCGUGGUGGUGCUGUACAACACGGAGGAGCAGCAGCAGAGGCACUACCUGGGCCACAACGACGACGUCAAGUGCCUGAGUGUGCAUCCUGACAUGGUUACCAUAGCAACGGGGCAAGUGGCUGGAAACUCUAAAGAUGGAAAGCUGCUGGCUCCUCACGUGCGUGUGUGGGACUCUGUGAGCCUCAACACGCUGCAUGUGAUCGGGAUGGGUGUGUUCGACAGAGCCGUCAGCUGCGUGGCUUUCUCCAAGUCGAACGGCGGCUCCUUCCUUUGCGCUGCGGACGACGCCAACGACCACGUCCUGAGUGUGUGGAACUGGCAGAAGGAGAAGCAACUGGCUGAUGUUAAGUGCUCCAACGACUCUGUCCUGGCCACUGUGUUUCAUCCAAUGGAUGCCAACCUGAUUGUCACCUGUGGAAAAUCUCACAUCAACUUCUGGACCAUGGAGGGCAACACUCUGACCAAGAGACAGGGCCUGUUCGAGAAACAUGAGAAGCCAAAGUAUGUGUUGUGUGUGGCGUUCGCUGAGAACGGAGACGCCAUCACAGGAGACUCCAGUGGGAACAUCUACGUCUGGGCCAAAGGUGGGUACCGGAUCAGCCAGGUGGUGUCGGGGGCCCACGAGGGCGGGAUCUUCUCUGUCUGUGUCCUGAAGGACGGCACCAUGGUGUCCGGGGGGGGGAAGGACCGCAAAGUGGUGCUGUGGGACCACGACUACAAGAAGCAGGCUGACAUGGAGGUGGGCGAGUCUCUGGGUCCUGUGCGGGCUCUGGCUGAGGGUAAACCUGGAGAACUCUUCAUAGGAACCACAAAGAACGCUAUCAUCAGAGCCGCCUUCCCUGAUACACUGACUCCUAUUGUACAGGGUCACACGGACGAGCUGUGGGGUCUGGACGUCCACCCGUCCAUGGAGCAGUUUGUCACCUGUUCUCAGGACAAACAGGUUCACCUCUGGGACACCAACUCCCAUCAGCCCCUCUGGAGCAAGACCAUCGAGGAUCCAGGGAGGUCUGCAGGGUUCCAUCCCAGCGGGGCGGUUCUAGCUGUGGGAACAAUGACUGGAAGGUGGUUGGUGCUGGACACUGACACCCGGGAUCUUGUUUCUAUGCACACAGACGGCAAUGAGAUCAUUUCCAACAUCAAGUACUCUCCAGACGGUAACUUCCUGGCUGUCGCAUCACAUGACAACUUUGUUUACAUCUAUGCUGUGACAGAGAAUGGCCGCAAGUACAGCCGUGUUGGGAAAUGCACUGUGAGUAUAUUUUUCUAAAAUAACCAUCUUCAC